GCAAUGCUGCAGCCUCACUCGUCAGUAGCAGUGGGGCCUGGGCGCCACAGCAGCACACGUUGCCUCAGUAGUCAGUAGCUCAGUGGCCAGUGCGUCAGUAACACUCACACCGCACACUCACUGAGUCACACACUACGCACACGAACACACGCUCACAUCCAGACGGUGCGCACACACACGUACAGCGUACUAUCAUCGACGAACCGCACGGCGCACACGCACGCACACGCCACACACAGACACAGCAUUGCACACACGCUCGUGCACAAAGAUACAAAGACAUAUCGCGCAAUUUGCAGCUGAUCAGUGAUCUCACGCAUUCUCAUUUCUCACCAAGUACUGAACUUCCACUAACUCUCUCUCCGGCGCUGAGAUUUUCUCACAGACAUGUCAAUAUGACGGCUGUGACGAUCGAAUCUGUGAAUAACAAUAAUUAUAACAACAACAACAAUGAAAAUCCAUGCAAUAUUUUCCUCGUGCGCCGACGUACAUCGUAUUAUCGUUUUAGACACAAUUGAGUCGUUGAGCACGAUGUAGAGGACGGCCGACACACUUAUAUGUGUAUAUAUAUAUAUAUUUAUGUAUAUGGAAAUUAUUUAUAUAUAAUAUAUAUAUAUAUAUAUAUACAUAUAGCGACGAGAAAAAUUAGCACAUAUUCUAGACCAAACAACUAGGAUACAAUGCCGUCUCCUAAGAAACAACCAGUUGUAGAAGACAUUGUCUCUGUUUUUCAAACAACUCAAAAUCAGCCCUGGUCUGUGUUCAGCGAAAAACUGAACAAUGUUUCCAACAAAGAUUCAAAGCAAAACAAUCCGACCAAAUCAGAGAACACUAUUACUUUAUCUAGUGACGACUUUCCUGUAUUUGGCUUAGUCCCCCGACUUGAUAAAGUAAUGUUAGUUUCAUGUAAUGAAUGUGCAAUGAUAGUGAAAAGAGAUUGUAUACAUAGUCAUUUUUAUCGCCGUCACAACAGUAGUAAUGUUAGUCAUUCAGAAGCUGAUAAAUUUUCACUAGUUAAUUUUUUAUGCACUGUAAAAACCAAUAAAAAUAAAAAGCUAAAAAUGACUGUUCGAAAGCCUGCUGAAAAGAAAAUUAAUGAAGGUGAAAAAGUUGACACUGUUGUAAAAGAAAUAAAAACUGAAUUUAAUCAAGUAGAAUAUGAAAGGAUAUUUAAAACAAAUAGAACAAAAAUAAAACAAGAAAAUACAACAGAAUAUGUCGAUCGCCAUGAUGUUGAAAUGGCGACAACAAAUUGCAAACCUAGUACUAGCUCUGGUGUUUUUGAUUGGGAUGUUAAACCGUGUAUGAAGAGUUCAGCUUUAGAUCAAUGUAUUAAUCAUAAAAUAAAUGACAAAAUUAUAGAGCAUAAUACAGAUUCUAAUAAAUUUUCGUCAGUAUCACUUGAUAAUAAAGAAGAUAUACAGAGCAAUAAAUAUUUAAAAAUUCAGAACAUUGAUCACACUGUUAAUCGUAUUGCUAGUCCUAGUGAUUUAUUAAAACAAGAUCCAAAUGAAAAAAUGAAACAUGGAGUAGAUUUUGAAUGUUUUGCGAAUAAACAGGUAAAAUUUAAUAAAAAAGAUUACAGUCUUAAAAAUGAGUACAAACAAUUUCCAUUUAAAGAAAAGAAUAUUAAAGGAAAAAAUAAAUUAAUAAUAAAAAAUGAAUAUUCAGAAAUGAUAAACAAUCCAAAUUGUAAAGGUAUUCCUACUUCUUGUAAUCAAACAUCAAAUACACCUGCUGUUGAUGUUAAAAUUGAUAAUUAUAAAUUAUUUUCUGGAUUACAAAAUACUCAAAAACAUGCAAAAUUUGGACAUAAACAUUUAGAUACUAAAAAUGAAAUGCCUAUGGAUUCUGGGAAUUCUGCUACUAGUUAUCAUAAAUCAGCUAAAUUACCAAAAGUUAAAGAAGAAUUUCAAAUUACAACAAUUAAUAAGUUUCCGGAUGUGAAAAUAAAAGAAGAAUUUCAAAUUAAACCAAUUAAUAUGUAUCCGGAUGUAAAAAUAAAAGAAGAAUUUCAAAUUACACCAACUAAUAUGUAUCCGGAUGUGAAAAUAAAAGAAGAAUAUGAUGAAAAUAAUGAUAAAUGUAAAGUUGAAUUUUAUCAACCACCGACUAAAUUAAUCAAACGUUCAUCAGAUAACAAUUAUUCUGAAGUUAUAAGUAAUACCUAUUCUGCCAAUACUGAUAAUAACCAUUCAUCAACUUCCUCGUGUAGUGUUGUCAGACUCAAAGAAGAAACAACAUUUACAGAAAACAGUGAAAAUAUAAUGAAUAACAAAAGUUCUGGUGAUACUGUUAUUUGUAACAAUCAAUCAUCAAUUGCAUCACUAGUCAUUAAAGAAGAAACAAAACCAUCGUUAACUACUGAUAAUAUUAAUGAAGUAUCAAAGCAUGGGGAUAUCAAUAGGAAUGAAGAAUCAAAUCCUUCAUUAAAUAUUGACUUAAUUAAUGGAAAAUCAAAAUACCCUUUAAGCACAGAUUAUAAUAUUACUGAUAAUUAUUUAACUCAAUAUCAACAAAUAUUUUCAGAUUCAGCUCUACAAAUUUCACCAAGUUAUAAAUGUUUAAAUGAUGAACUAAAUGUCCAGAUAAAAAAGAAUUUGAACAAUCAGCUCAAUUUACAAGUUGGAAACAAUUUGAAUGUUGAGUUUAAUUUGAAAGUUAAAGAAGAUUUGAACGAUAAACACAAUCUCCCAGGUGAAGACAAAUUGAAUGAAGAGUUAAAUUUUCAGGGUGAAGACAGUUCUAGUGAUGAACUCAAUCUGAAGGUUAAAGAAGAUUUGAGCUAUAAAAUUAAUUUAUAUUUAAAAAAAGAUUUAAAUGACAAAAUAAAUUUUCAGGUUGAAAAAGAUGAAAUUGAUUGGCAUAGUAUAGAAGAUAGACUAAUUUUUCUGGGUGAAGAUGAAUCAAGUAUAGAUCUCGAUUAUCAGGAUGAAGAUUAUUUGAGUGAUGAAUUUAAUUCACAAAGCGAUAAUGAUUUGGACGAUGAAUUACAUUUUGAGGAUAAAGAAAAUAUGAAUGUUGAACUCCAUUUGCGAACUGAAGAAAAUUUAAAUGAUUUGGAAAAUUUAAGUAAUGAAGAAGAUCUUAGCAAUGUUGAAGAUUUUAGCGAUAGUGAAGAUUUGAAUGAUGAAGAAAACUUUAGUGGUAAAGACAAUUUGAGUAGUAAUAAUAUUGGAACUAAUAAUAAUUUAAAAUAUAAUUGCCUAAUACCAUCUCAAUUGCCAAAUAAUAAAGAAGAAAUAAAACUUAUACCAAGCAAAGAGUCUUCUGUUAUUAGAAAUAAUGAAAAUUCUAUCUUUGCUUUUACUGGUCAUGAUCAAUCACCGACAAAAACGCUAGAUAAUGCAGAAGAAUCAAAAGCUAAAUCUAAAAUAGAUGAUGAUUUUGUUAUAAUUGGUAAUGAUGGUAUUGUUAACAACUUUGAAAAUGAAUAUUAUCAAUAUGACCACGAAAUACAAAUAUAUACUCCAAAUUAUAAAUAUUCAGAUGUAAUAAGUAAUGAUAGUUCUGACAAUUCUAAUGAGUCUUUAUCAAGUUAUGAUCAAUCAUCUGUUGAAUCAUUAGAUGCUUGUGAAAAAACAAAUUAUUCAUCAAUGGAUACUUCCACAGAAUAUGUCAGUGAUGAAAGUUUAUAUAAUUCUCAACUUACCACUAGUAGUAGUGAUCAAUCAAUUACAUUCAAUGAUACUACAACAAAAACAAAAUCUACUCAAACUAAUUUAUUGGAAAAACAUGAACAGUUUAUGGGUCAUGUUGAAAUAUUAACCAAAUCAUUUGAUCAUGUGGAUGGUAAAAACAAAUGUACUCAAACCAAUGCACCAUUAGAAUGUAUCAAUUGUUAUGAUUCCACUGAUGAUUACGUAGACCGCCAAAUCAAUAUAAAUUCUGCUCCUAAUUCUAAUAUUCAAAUUGAUGGAUAUGGUGUUAACAAUUUUACUCCUAUAAGUUCAAGUGCACAAAUUAUAAAUAAUAAGAUCAUUCCCAUGGAUGUUGAAGAGUAUGAACUUAAAGAUAGCAAUGACACUAAUUUAAAUAUUUCAAAUAAAUCACAUUAUUCAUCUCAUUUCUACCCACAUUCUUGUAAUCCAGCAAGUCAAAAUAAUAAUUUAAUGCGUAGUCCUAUAAAUGAAAAUAAUUGUAUAUUAUUUGAUGAUGAACUUAAUGCAUAUAAACCUAAUGAGUACAUUACAAUUGACGAAGCAAUACCAUUUAUAGACAAAAACAAUGAAAUGUAUAAAGAAUUUAUGAAGAUUGUUGAUAAAAAAAGUGUGAAUGACAGAAAAUGUAAAAUUAUGCCAUUUGUCAGAAUUGCAAAGAAUUUAAAAAAAAAUUUAAAGAGACAAGUUGCUGAUAAUAAAGAAAAUCGUAAUCAUUUGAUAUCAAGGGGCAUUAAAAAAUUUAAAUUUGAAUUUAUAGAAAGAGAUUUCUCGUGCUCUGAUGAAUCUAACAAUAAUGAUAAUGUCAAUAAUUGAAAAUAUUAAUUUUAGAUAUUUUGCUAAGACUUCC